UCUUCCCCCUCCAACCCUAACCUACGCGGCCGUAGAUCCCAUCCAAUCAUCGCGCCGCCGCCGCUGCCGUCCAGCCCUAGCCUCCCCCCGGGCCGCGAUCGGCGUCCUCCCGCCGCCGGAGGAGGAGGGGGAGGCUCGCCCGCCACGGGGGCCAUGGAGGCCGACGGCGCCGCCGCGGCGGAGGCCAAGCCCCUCACGCCCGAGGAGGAGGCGCUCCGGCGCAACACCGACUGCGUCUACUUCCUCGCCUCGCCCCUCACCUGCAAGAAGGGGAACCAAUGUGAUUUUCGUCACAGUGAGGGUGCCCGGAUGAACCCUAGAGACUGUUACUACUGGUUAAAUGGCAAUUGCUUGAAUCCAAAAUGUUCAUUUCGCCAUCCGCCAAUUGAUGGUAUGUUUGGUGCUCCAACUCCUGGAAUACCUGCCCUGUCUUCACACUAUGCUGCUUAUAACUCGGGCAAGCAGAUGGUCCCGUGCUAUUACUUUCAGAAAGGGAACUGCAUCAAAGGCGAUAAAUGCCCUUUUUCCCAUGGACCGCAGACUGCUGGCAAUAAUCCACCAGAACAGGUGGCGAAGGUUUCUUCCUUUCCUUUGGAGCAGCCUCAGACCCAAAAGAAUGAAUUUUUGGGUGUCAAGGAGUUUGCUCAGACAAAUCACCUAGUUCAGCAAGGUGGCCCAAUAAUUGACGACAGGUCCAAAAUGUCAGUUAAUAGGGCUGCAGCGAAUUUUGCCAGGACAGCUGCAGCUGCAAUGCCAGCUGAACUAGCUUCCAGUGCAGUGAAAUCUUUGCCCAAGUCAGGGAGGGUACAAAACAGCAUGCCAGCAGCAAAUAAAAGUGUCGGAACCUCUUCAGGCGAGGAUCAUCGUGAGUGCUAUCAGAACAAUCUUCCCGUGGAAACUGAUCCUAUGCAAGAUUGGAAUCAACCUUACCAAACACCUCCUCAGGAUGACCUGCCCGAGGACAGUAGAGAUGCUGAUGACUUAUUGGGGGAGUCUUCACCUGGUUUUGAUGUUCUUGUGGCCAACGAUACAGAUGCCGGUGCUUAUUUGCACGAUGCUGAUGAUUUUGGAAGGGAUAUUUAUCCAGUAGAAGAUUAUGAAUAUGCUCCGGCUGAUUUUGAAAUCCAGCCUCAUCAUGAAAGAGAGCUAUUCAACGGAAUGGGUGAGCAAGGACCGAUCGUACAAAUGUAUGAUGGCUAUGACAGGAAACGCCGUAGAACAUCUUCUGAGAGGAACUUGGACAGACCUUCCUAUUCAGAAAGGAGGUCUCGGCAGAGAGAGACUGGUCCUGUUGAGAUAGAUGGAUCAGAUUUACGUCAUCGGCUCCGCAGGAGAAAAAUAAAUGGGUCUCCGGGCAUCAGCCCGGAACGCAUUGGAGAGUCGCGUCGAAGGGAUGACCGCCACAGGGAAAGGGCAUAUGAUGGUCACCGUACACACAGAGAACGCCAUCAGGGCCCUCGAGGGAGCACUCUAAGCUCCCGUCUGCAAGGCAGAAUAAAGCUUCCUGGAAGAUCACCUGAUAGAGUAGAUGCUCGCUCCGAGAGAGAGCGAGAUAGAAGACAACUCCGGGACAGGCUGUCUCCAGUUAUGCAUAUGGAUAUUCAGGGCGGCAGGCAUCGGGAGGCAGGGCAUCAUCAAGAGAGGGUCCGUCAGAGAUCAAGUGAACGUGCUUCAAGUGCCAGGAUGGCUGAUGGCAAGCAUUCGAGACGGAAUGUAACAGAUUCACUCAACUUCGCCGGCCGGAAAGACUUUGGUCCAGAGUCUAGGAAGGCGAAUGGAAGUGUUCAAUCUGAAGCAUCUCUUGAUUUUGAAGGCCCAACACCUCUUAGCGUCAUCUUACAGAGGAAACGACAGGCUGCGUCUGGCAACGGCAAUGGCUCAUCUGCCCAGAGUGUGAAAGAAGAUAAUUCUGCUGCGGUCUCACACAGGCAGGCUGAAUCUCCGGUUGAAGCUGAAAAGCAGGGCUACGACAACACUGUCAGUUCUGAAGAAUACAAGAGUAGAUCAGGUGAUGAAGAAUAUAAAGAGGAAGGCCUGGUCCCUGCAUCUUCGUCACACGGUGACAAAGCUGAGGCUGAAGAUAUGAUUGAAGUGGAAAAUCAAGAGGCUGAUAACUAUGAGCAGAGGCAGGGGGAGUCUGAGUAUGAGGGGACCGAAGAUGAGAAUGCAUAUCAAGACGACGAGGAAGAGUUUGAGGACGACGAUGAUUUUGCCCGGAAAGUCGGGGUCGUCUUCUCUUGAGCUCUUGUUUUCUUGGUGCUGCUUCAGGCCAGGCUGAAAUGCUUGAUCCCCCCUCUGGUGAUUGAUCCUCUUGGAUAAAUUCUUGUGGCGCUCCAUGUUCCUGUUUCAAGUUGAUAGCGCCAAGAAGGCCUGGUCUUUGCCAAGGCUGAUGAGCCAUAACUGAUAUUCUAAGUAUAGGUCAGGCAUUAAGCGAGGUAGAUGAUGAUUCCAUCAUAGACGAGAAAGUAAUCUUUACGUGUAAAAACAGCAGAAGCACUUUGUUGAGCAUAUCCUGGAACUCUGUAUUGUAUUAGUUUCAUUACUAACAUGAAGAUGAUACUCCAUUGAUA